AUGAUCGCGUUGACAACCGCCGUCGCGAUAGCAGUUACCUGCUCGGUUAUCUUCAUGGUUUCCGCAGUGGUCAUCACUAUCAUUUGGAUCAAGAUUCGUCAGGAGCGAAGGUCGCUUGCGCUAAUAAGGACUGCUCACGGCUCCUACGCUCAUGGACUUUCGACUUUCCCCGCUGAAACGUUCACCGAGUUGUCGCGCGAAGAAGGCUCCGCACUACGACAAUAUGGACAGCUUCCAUACGGAAGACCGACGGAAUGGGGCCUACUAUCUUCAAGGGAAAGCUUGGAUCAAUCCGCCGGGGACAAGUCACCAAUUCAACUGCUCAAAAAGACGCGCAGCUUCUCACUCAAACACUCUUUGUCUUCCAAGUCAAAAAAACAAUCCAAGAACCUGGCGAGAAAUGUGUCCCUGACGACCUUGACGGAGGCCUCCGAAGCACCACAUCCCCAAGGAGUGUCGGAUUCAAGAGACAACUUGGUUGUCUCAGCAGUCGAUGGAGUAUUGGAGCUACCUGCGGAGACAACCCCCAGGCAUACACCAGAUAAAGAGGAAGCACCGCUGAGUGCAGGCAAUUCGAUCCGGCCCAUUACAGGAGUCUGGCCGUUGCUUCACCAGCAGGAUCGAUCCAGUGGUCUUUUCCCCGUGUUUGAGGACCAUUACACAGGCUAUGACCCAACCAGAUCCAGAACUCGCGGUGGCAGCAUCACAUCUCAAACAGCCGGAACAGCACCGGACCAGCCCGUUCCGCCUCCACCUUGUGCAUACCCCCCGAAUCGUUUCCGCUUAUCAAAGGCCGACUCGUUACGAUACUCGUCUGUGAGCCUUGAAACGGCAGAUAGCUCGAUCCUAGAUGACAGCCGAAGAGCAUCCGUAAACAUCGAUGGCAACUUCAUAUCCCCUGCAUUACCACCCUGUCCAACAUUUGCCCCAUACAGUGCAAAUGACGUUGGAAGAGAGUACGAACGCAGAAACUUUGCGCCAAAUGGCGCUCCAUUCGUUUUCCCCCCCAAUUCUCCUGCGCGCAAAGGCCAAAGAGUGGAAUAUGAGCGUACUUCGCCUCGCCGCAGUUUUACUGCACGCAGUCCAUCUCGUUCGUCCGAACGGAUAAGUCCACCACCCAGGCGAAGCGAGUCUUUGUCCGCCAAACAAGCCCAAGAUGCAACCUCCAAACCACAUCUUGACCUGGAUAAUAUUCCUCCACUGAAUACAAGGGCCAGUAAAGCCGGAUUACUGCCCUAUUUCAGUCAGAUGCAGCGCCACUCAAUGCAUGGUGGUCCACGAAGGGAUAAUGACCCCUUUUAUGGUGGGACAGCCUCAUCACAUAGCUUUACAUACAACACUUAUGCACCAGGAAGACGUGCAAGCAGCUUUGUACCUCAGGAGCUGUCAUCUCAAGCACCAAAUGGCCAUCCCAAACCGCCUCUAGCAUCAGCUAUGAAGAGCAGUGGGCAUCGGAAGGGACACAGGCGACAAAAUUGUGUGCGAAUCUCCAUCCACCCUCCUAUAACAUUUGCGGGACCUGCAUUCUCCCCCAUGGUCGAGGAGCCAGAAGAACCAGAGGAAAUGAAUGCUUUGGAGCUCCGCCGGUCCGAGAUAUCUGAUCUGUCAAUGUCGAAUAUCUCACGCAACUCCAGUGUUUCCGCUUUGUCUACCACCUUUCGAAACAGCAUCCAGGAUUUUCAGCCGGACCGCCCAAUCUCUCGAAUAAUUGAGAUUCCCGAUGAUGGCCAGACAGACUCCUACGGUAGCCCGGUCAAGAAGAAAAGGCUGACACAACAAGAUCCCGGCCUAGCCACCGAGAAGUCUUUACCUGGUAUCCUCACAAGCUUGCCAGCAACCGCAGAUAAAGAUAGCUUGUCCCAUACUCCAUCUCCAGAGCGAGAGCCACCUAUAUGGAAGACUUCAGACUAUAAAUGUUCACCCACAACAUUAGAGAAUUCACCAGCGCCAGGGAGCCCUCGCCGGUCAGCGAUCAUGGGACCACGAAGCCAACCCAAACCUGCCCGCAAUAGCUACCAAUCCCUGAUCCCAUCGGAGGAUGCGAAAUCGGCACCUCCGCCACUCAACGUCAACCGCCCGCCACGAACUCACAGCACCAAAGAGUCGAACGAGAAGCCACCGUUAUCUCUCCGACGGGCCAAGACCGAAGCCAAAGACCAACCACCGCGGAGCCAGAGCCAAUCCGACACCACAAAAGCCAGUAACUACACCACGAGCUCAUCAUCUACGAGCAUCGCGAACAAGACUCCUGGGGCACAAGUCAGCGCGAUAGUCCCGAUAUGGGAGGACAAAAUCAGAAAGGAUUCUCAGGCAAUGCCGCGGAGGUCAACCGUCUCCCUUGUCUAUAGCCCCCCUAAUAUGGGUGUCAAGAGGGAAACAUCACCGCAACGUAGUCAGGCUGACAAGAUGACGCGCAUGGCGAGCUAUCGGAACAAGAACGGCUAUACGACUCCUAAGAAAACAGUUGGGUUGGGAAUCGGCGCAACUACGCCUGGGAGUCUGUACGAUGGAGAUGGGUUUCUAAAAGAGUGA